CAAGUGUGUGGCACACGACCAAAACAGUAGGAGAACGGAGAUGGCAUCAUUGAGCAUGGCGUUCGGCGCGGCGGUCGCGGGCGGGCGGGUGUUUGCAGCGACAGCAGAGGCCAAGGGCGCCGGAAGCAGCGGGGAGGAGAAAGGGCUGUUGGACUGGAUACUGGGAGGGUUGCAGAAGGAGGACCAACUGCUGGAGACGGACCCCAUUCUUAAGAAGGUGGGGGAGAAGAACGGCGGCGGCAGCCGCAGCACCGCCACCGGGUCCAGAAAGUCGUCCACCUCCGUCUCCGUUCCCAGCAAGAAGAAAUCCGGCGGCUUCGGUGGCCUUGGCGGCCUCUUCGCUAAGAAAUGAUUCAGUCUGUAGUAACCCUCCUAUGCUCCUACUUCACACAUAUUUAGCCUUGAACAGACUCUCCCUCUCCUCCGCUGCUACGUCUUGUUUACUUCAUCGGAAUGAUUUGAUCUGAAACAAUUUGAUAGGUUCAGAAGAACAAUUCCUACGCAUUACCACCAUCAUGUCCUCAUUGUGUUUGGCACGGUAUAAUAUUCAAUGAAUUAUUGAUUAUGACA